AUGGCUUUACUACUACUUGUAGCACAACCAAACCACACUCGAUAUCUUUGCCAACUCCCAUCGCUUACAUUGAAGAGAUUUUCGUCAUCAAAGCGAUGGCAAGCUCGCCAAUCGAAAGACCGCUUUACGCGGGAAGCAGCAGUGCAAGGACUCAAAAGCCGGGCCGCCUUCAAGCUUCUACAGAUCGACGAUAAGUUCCGGAUAUUUGAAAGCGGGCAGACUGUUGUUGACCUCGGAUAUGCUCCUGGAUCAUGGUCUCAAGUCGCACUGAUGAGAACCCAACCGAACGGCAGGGUUCUGGGGGUCGAUAUCAUCCCAAGCCAACCACCAAAAGGAAUGUCCACGAUACAAGGAAAUUUCUUGGAUCCUAAGAUUCAAGCCUAUGUGCAAGAGUUUGUGCGCGAUCCGCAGAGGGGUCGGCCCUAUUCGAAGGGGUCGGAUGUCGAUACUCACAUGACCGGCGAAUCAGUUGUGGACACCAACAAUCAUCGACUCAGCGAAACCUCUGACAAUGGCCCUCAUGGUGGGUCAGAUAUUUUGAGAACGGUAGAUGUGGUCCUCAGUGAUAUGUCAGCUCCCUGGUAUCAAACAACAGGAUUUUGGAAGAGAAGUCUAAGUGAUCCAUACAGGAUGAUGAACACCAGCGGAGUAAGCUUUAAAGACCACGCUGGGAGCAUGGACCUUUGCCGAGCUGCCUUGCAGUUUGGUUAUGAAGUCCUCAGAGCUGGUGGCCAUUUCGUCUGCAAGUUCUACCAAGGAAUAGAAGACAAGGACCUGGAGAUGCAGCUGAAAGCGCUCUUCCAGAAAGUGCACAGACUCAAACCAGAAUCGUCACGCAGUGUAUGA